AAGGAGGCGACGCUCCGAACAGCGACCUCAGGCGCAUCGAGACGCGCAGAGGAGCCGCAGACCAGGAUCCACUAUGGCGCUAUCAAAUGUCCUCCACGCUCCUGCAGCGGGGUUCAACUUCGACCACGCAGCCAGGAAUGCUGAGUUAGAGGGUCUGUUUGAUGCACAGAUACCUAAACCUGUGAAAACAGGCACCACCAUAGCGGGAGUGGUGUUCAAGGAUGGAGUGGUUCUGGGAGCAGACACAAGAGCCACAUCCAGUGAAGUAGUGGCUGACAAGAUGUGCUCCAAGAUCCAUUACAUUGCUCCAAAUAUAUAUUGUUGUGGAGCAGGAACAGCAGCAGAUACAGAGAAGACCACUGAGCUCCUCUCCUCCAACCUCACCAUCUUCUCCCUGAACAGCGGGAGGAACCCUCGUGUCGUCAUGGCCGUCAACAUACUCCAGGAGAUGUUGUACAGGUAUCACGGCCAAAUUGGGGCCAGUCUUAUACUGGGAGGAGUAGAUUGCACUGGGAACCACCUGUACACGGUGGGGCCGUACGGCAGCGUGAAUACGAUGCCGUACCUUGCAAUGGGCUCUGGGGAUCUGGCUGCUCUGGGGAUUCUAGAGGACGGGUACAAACCCGACCUGGAGCUGGACAAGGCGAAGGAGCUGGUGCGUGCCGCCAUCCACGCGGGAGUCAUGAAUGACCUCGCCUCAGGCAACAACAUCGACAUCUGUGUCCUCACCAGAGGAGGAGUGGACCACAUCAGACCGUACCAGGUGUCACAGUACAAAGACAAAAGGAAAACAAAAUACAAAUAUGGUGCAGGCACAACAGCGGUUCUGACGGAGAAAGUAGUCCCUGUAAAGCUGGAGGUUGUAGAGGAGACUGUGCAGCGGAUGGAUACAGCCUGAUCCGCGAUGCAGUCACACCUUAUAACAACACGUUUAGCAGAAAAGUGUGAAGGCUUUUAUUGUGUUGCUUGGUCAUGCACUUAAAAAAUAAAAUGCAAGCAGUGAAAAUCA